CUGGCCCUGCUAGUCUGUGAUUGGCGGAUGCUGCCGCAGGGGCGGGUCCUCGGGCGGCGUAGGCGCGCAGGGCGCGUCCCUAAAGCGACGUCCGCUCUCCCUAAUCUGCGCUAUGGCGGUUCGGCUUCUGCUGCGGCGGGGGCCAGCUGAGGCGCUGAAGACGGUGCUCCUGGAAGUGCCAGUAUUUCGAGGACCUGCUUCUACAGUUUCUCGCUCUGCACAAUCAGGGAAGAAUGAAAAGGAACUGCCAGCAAAUCCCAGGAAACAAAGUCCACCAAAAAAUGUAGAGGAACCAAAGGAGAGGGGCAAGCUACUAACCACCUACCCCGAAGCUGCGGCACCCCCAAGCUCGUCUCCGCGAGCUUCCUCCCCAGCCCCUGGGAGCAGAAGCAGGGUGGCAGCUGGCACUAAGCUGUUCACAGAGGAAGGGCUCUCGAAAGCUUUGGCAACAAAGACUUUGGUAGUGUUUCCUCAGAAGGUUCCAGCUCCACUCAGAGCGCAGGGUGGGGGCGCAGAGGCUCAUCAAGAUACCCACAAGGUGACAGAUGAGUCGUCCUCCUCCUCAUCCAGCUCCUCAGAGUCCGAAUCUGACGAGGAGAGGGAUGUCCUGGAAGCUGGUCCCCGAGAGGGGCGCAAAAGCCAGGGAGGCUCUCCAAGCCCAGAGGCCACCAGGCCCUCUGAGAACAGAACCCCCAGAGUCACAGCAUCUGCAAAAGAGAAGAGCAAGGGGCAGAAGCCACAUGCAGAUGUCACCACCCCAGAGAGGGCCUCUCAGCUGGAGAAGAAAAGGAAGAGCCCCACCAAGCCUUUAGAGGGCAGAGAAGAGGCCAUUCCCGAACGCAUAACACCCAGGUCCCAAGCUGAGGGAGCUGUUUUGAAGCAGGGUGCAAAGGAAAAGAAAUCACAGAAAACACGCAGGCCAAAUGAACUGGUGAAAGAAAGCCCGGAGCCCCCGGGAGCGGAAGGAAUCUCACUUGACCGUGCAGAGGCCAAGUUGUCCACGCAGGCAGGAGGUAACCCAUUCCCCGCACCAGGAACCCAGAAGGUUGCUGGACCUGGGCCCCAAGUACCACAGCCUGGCAGGAGGCCGGCUCCUCCUUGCGCCCAACAAGAAAUAGCUGGGAAGCAGGUUGGAGGAGGACACUCAGAGGCCAAGCAGGAGACCCCAGAAGAUCAGGGGACCCUGAGAAGUCUGAAGCCAGCCCCUGUGCAGAAAGAAGAGGCGCAGACCACAGGCCUGAAGCCCACGGAGGGUGCAGCCCCGCCUCUGGAGGCCCUGGGCGACACACAGGAGUCUGCCGAGCCAUACGACAACACCACCUAUAAGAACCUGCAGCACCAUGACUACAACACAUACACCUUUCUGGACCUGAACCUGAACCUCUCCAAGUUCAGGCUGCCCCAGCCCUCGUCAGGUCGGGAGUCCCCGAGGCACUGAACACCUCAGCCUCUCUCCGCCUGCAGAACUCGAUCACUCCAAGGGGGCCUGAUCUCACACACCUGUAAUCCUUGUGCUCCGGGCUGAGGCAGGAGGGUCACCCCGAGUUCCGGGCCAUUCAGGACAACGUAGUGCGUUCAGGGUCAACCCUGAACUACAUAGCGAGAUUCUGUUUCAAACAACCAAAAAAAUGAAGAUUAAAAAAUAAAUAAAAUUGUUCCAAUAUUA